UCGGUGGCGCCCCGUUUGUCACUAGAUAAAAUAACAUCUUACUGUGCUUUACAGUGCGUUGCAAGUAUCAUGAAGCGUUCUCGCGCCAACGAACUCGCAGAAGUCGCUAGAGAAAUUGAGAAGACCACGUCUGAAAUUGACAAGACCAUGAAGGAUAUAGAAAAGACCACGUCUGAAAUUGACAAGACCAUGAAGGAUAUAGAAAAGACCACGUCUGAAAUUGACAAGACCAUGAAGGAUAUAGAGAAGGAAAAGGCGGUCGAGGACGAACUGUGGCCGCGUGCGCGAAAGAUCCUCGAGGAGCUCGACGACGUGCAGGCUCAGCUCCAGCAGCAGCAACUGGCCAAGCAGCAAUUUUGGGACAAGCAGGUGGACGCAGCGCACGCAACGCUGCAGCACCUGCGUAAGAGGGAGGAGUACCUGCGCAAGGAGGAGGAGUACCUGCGCAAGGAGGAGGAGUACCUGCGCAAGGAGGAGGAGCAGCUGCGCAAGAAGAAAGAGCAGCUGCGCGACAAAGAGAAGGAACUGCGACAGUCGAGCGGCGCCAAGGCUGCUGGCGCUGAGCAAGAACGCUCCCGGCUGCAGCAACAGCUCGAGGCGCUGCCAUGUCCCUCAGAACUGGCCGACAGCAAGUCGUGGUCAAAAAAAGACAACCUCGCCUUCUUCCGGUGCUUUCGGCCAAGCGCCGGCGUUGGGCCGACCAAAGCCCUGCCGGUGGCUUUGUACGACGGAGUGCUAGAUAAGCUGGUGGGGCUCUUCAGUGCGGCGCUUAAGGGCCGCGGCGGUGGCGGCGCAGACGGCGUGCCCCCAUCAAGUGUAGACUGUGAGAUGGCGUCAAGGCUGUGCAUAGACAUGGCCGAGAGCUUCACUGACGUGGCGGCGCGCACGGCAGCGUUCAGCGACAUGCUCAGUGAGUACCUCGGCGAGUGCAUCGAGCCCCACCAUCCGAUCCCCGGCUCAGAGUAUAACGCGACGGACGGGAGCCUGCUGUGCCGGGUCGGCGGGCCGGCAGCGUCUUCAGCAGCUCGGCUGCUGCCGGUGUACAUCCAGGUGGUCAAGUUGGAGAUCGGCACUCAGGGCGACCCCUAUCUCCAGGGCCAGCGCCAGUACCAAUUGGCCCUGGCCAAUCCCAAGCUGGCGGAGCUGGUGCGGCACACGGUGCUGCCCGUGCUGUUCGUGGAGCUAGUGGGGCCGCACCUGCGCGUGUCGGCGUUGGCGUCGCCGGCAGACGCCACCGUGGUGUGCGAGCCGCUCACGCCCUACCUGCACCUGUUCAGUAUGCACCGCUUCCAGCCCGACCACAUGAUCUGUCUGGCGCUCGUGCUGCGGGCUCUGAAGGACGGCAUCGGGCUGUUGAAGGCCGCGUGCCGCCGCUUGCUACAGCAGCCCGCUGCUGCCGCACCCGCGGCCUGUGCCUCGGCCCCGGCUGCGUUGGCUCCGGCGGCGGCGGGGUCCGCGCCGGCGGCGUUGUCAUCGCCGGCAGCGUCGGCAGGUGGGGAGGUGGAUGCGACCGCGAUGCGGCGCGGGGUGGUGCCGCUGCGCGAGCCGUCGCUGCAGCUGCCGUACCCGCUGCGCCCGGGGACGGGCUUCACGGACGUGCGGCAGAUUGGGGCGGGCGUAUACAACCCGCUGUACUUCGCCAUGUACCAAAGGCCACCGCCGCCGCUGCUCCCAGCAGCGGCCGGCGAAGUACGGCAGCAGUGCGGCGCGGCUCCCGCAGCAGCUUCAGUGGUGGCAGCAACAACGUCCGACCCGGCGGUGGCAGUGGCGGUCAAGUUCGGGCGCAUGAGCGCGGACGCUGUCCGAGUGCACCGCGCCUGGGCGGCGGCGGGCUUGGCGCCGCAGGUGCUGCUGGAGCAGGUGCUGCCGUGCGGCCUGACGAUGCUGGUGAUGGAGCAGCUGGCGGCGGAGGACGGCUGGGUCAUGUUCUACAGCCUGCAGCAGAAGCAGAAGCGGCAGCUGCAAGGCGCGGUGGUGGCGGCGCUGGCCCGGGCGCAUGCCGUGGUCGUGGACGCGGACCGCGGUCUCACGGGCGUACACGCCGACCUGCGGCAGGCCAACGUCAUGGUGCGGCUGCCGCGCGACGACGACGACGCGGCGGCGGCGGCGGCGCGCAGCGGCAUUGGCGGCGGUGCUGGGGGCGGCGGUGCUGAGGGCGGCGGUGGUGGGGACGCGGCGGCGAGCGGCGGCAGCAGCGGCAGCAGGAGCGAGCUGCAGGCCCAGGUCCGGUUCGUGGACUUUGACUGGAGCGGGCUGGAGGGCCACACACGGCUGCCGGCCUUCAGCCGCCAGCGGCUGCCGGGGUACGGGUGCGGCUGCGAGGUGACGCAGGAGUACGACAGGGCGCUGUGGGAGCACGAGCAGUUGUACGGGCCCAUGUGAUGGAGCAAGUAGGUCGGCAUGGGGGGCAUGGGGGGCAUGCGCGCCGCCUGCUGCACCGUCACCGGCGGUGCGUGAUUACGAUGGCGCAUUCGUGGCCAACAGCGCAUCGAGUGGGGUAACAUGGCUUUUGCGUGCAUGCGUGGUGCGCAUUUUGCAUCCGGAUGUGUCGGCCUGUGCGGCUGCAAGGUUUUGAUUGUGCAUUCGAUCAUGGCUACAAUAAUGCCGAGCUCGUCACGCACGAGUGAGAGGCGGCUGUGAUGAAACAAGCAGCGCGGCGGGCCAAACGUCGCGCCCCAAAUAAACCCCGCCCAGCGCCCACUUGCGGCGCGGUUGAGGCAAUCGGCGCACGUUGCGGGAAGUGGUCACUGGUGGUGUACGGGGAUGCUGCAUUGCAGGUUGCGCCUGCUGUAUGUGUGCGUAUGUGUGUGUCCGAACCUGACGAGCGACCUCGUUGCCUGCGAAAGUUUUGUCGGCGUGGCGCUUCGCCGCUGACCGGAUGCCGGCCGGUGUUGGGUUGAACCCCGGGGACCGGAGUGUUGGACAGGCCUCCGGCACACUGUGGCAAGGCAGUGGGGAGGUGGCGUCAAGCAGUGGUGGGCGGCAACGAGUUUGGCGUAACCUGAUUAUUGUUGGAUGGCGGGGCUGGCAUGGCUGCGGGUGUCUGCUACUGCCGCUGCGGCGUCGGCCUGGCGCCGUUCUUGCCGCAACGGCAACUGCACCCGCCUGCACACCAUAUGAUGGCCAUGUUGGCAUCCCGCACGCCGCAGCAGCUGCAGCAGCGCAGCCGCUGGUGCAGGUGCUACUGCCGCCGGUGCAGGUGCUACUGCCGCCGGUGCAGGUGCUACUGCCAGGACGGUGCAGGUGCUACUGCCGCCGGUGCAGGUGCUACUGCCAGGACGGGGCAGGUGCUACUGCCAGGACGGGGCAGGUGCUACUGCCAGGACGGGGCAGGUGCUACUGCCAGGACGGGGCAGGUGCUACUGCCAGGACGGGGCGGCCGACGGCGACCACGCACUAAGG